UUAGGAUAGUCAAAGGAUAGAAAUAGCUUUUGAAUAUAUAGUCCGGAAACUCCUCAGCAUAUGACAGGUAGCGUGAAGAAAAACUUUCUCAAUACAAUGUUCUAUAAUUACAAUAGCCGUAUGUUCGUCAGGUAAGCGACCUUGGCGCGUGCGCAUAACGACGCGCCGACCAACAUUGUUCCUUCUCUCAUCCAGAUUAGCAUGGCGCUGAGAGAACACAAUAGCGCCGAUAACAGACACAAAUAGGACGAACAAUCCACUUACAUAAGUUGUGUUUAAAAAUAUACUGCCCACUAAAAUAGCCAGCCUAUUGAUAAACAAAUCUAAACGUUGAACAAAGUGUGUUUACAAAACUAUCUCUAAUGACAUGAGCGAUUCACUAACACCUAACUACAAUAGAUUAUAAUAACACACUCCAAAUUAAAUUGACGACAAUCUAUACAUAAUUAUACACAUUAUACCAAACACCAUAAGUGUUGCCAAGAACGUCACUAUAAUUGAUCGAUUAUCCAUUUUCAAGUUGGAGGCGAUCCAAAACCCGGCCAAGUUUAGUGUCGGGAAGUGUCAGCGGAGUACCACAGUGACGUGCAAUGGUGCAAGUGUAGGGUAACAGUGGAAAACAAGUGCUAUUUAUAUCGUAUGCGUGAUACAUGGUCGGACAGAUGAUGUGGUUCAAGAGAGAGCCGAAGACGGCCGACAAGUCUGAGAAUGGAGUGGUGGGGAAGCUGCGGAGAAAGAAGCCGGUCAUCCUGAAGACCACGCGCGAGUCCAGCGAGAGGGAGACCUCCACCGAGAGCGACAAGGAGAGGAGACGGUACUCGGACAUCCUCGAUGUAGUCUCCAUAGAGAGACGAGAUGAGAGCGACGAGUCUCUGUACGAGUCAGCGGACGGGCACAGCGACGCCAUCUCGGCGAGUGAUGACGCCCUGCCGCGGUUCGGCAAGACUCCAACCAUCAGCAAAGAGUCACUCAAAAUAGCUGUCACAGAUGAAGAAGUAGACUUCGCUAAGACUAAGAAAGGACACAGAAAAACAAUGUCCUUAUCAAAUCCCCUAGAAAUCGUCAGGAAUUUAGGAGACGAGUGGUUUGAGUCAGCAAAGCGGGAGCUAGAAAAGAGUUCAGAUAAGAAGAAAUCCAGAGAAAGCCUUUGGAGCGAGGAAGAUCGAGAUUCUAUACACGGGUCUACGAUGAAACUCGAUCAGAUACGAAAAAAUAGUAAAAAAGAAGACAAGAAUCAAACAAAUAAUAGAAAAAGUAGUACAAUUGAUGCCCCGAAAACUAGAAAGACAAGUAAAGGCUCAUCAGUUAGUGCUUUAAAUUUCUUGAGGAGGAAGAAGACUCCGACUUCUACAAAGCCCGUAGAGUCGGUCGCAGAAGACGACAAAGGUAUAAGUAUAGAUGAAAUCUUAAAUUAUACCAGAUUGUUCUUGGAGGGUGAGAAGCGAUUCGCAUCCAUCAGUGAAGCUAGACUCGUAAGACCAGUAGAGACUGAUUCAGAGGACGAACAACCUACGCCCAAACAAAUCGCAGAGCAUAGGAGAAGGUUGAGCAGACAGACUUCAAGAAGUAAAAGUAAGGUCAGAGGAAAGAGUCAAUCAUUAAAAGUCAACACUUUGAGAAAGUCUCAUAGUGGCACGUUAAAGAAAGGGAAGAAGAAAAGUGUGAAGGCACCCUCGGGAAGAAGUCGGCAAGCCAGUAUUGUGGAACAGACUCCUAUCGCUAAGAAGAAACAUUCAGAUUCAUCAAAACAAAACUCUUGGCUGUUCAGUGGAUCUAGAGGAGAAUCUCGACGGGAAGGGUCGACGGAUGAGCCGACAGCUCCCGACGCGGACGUCGACACGAGCGACGCCAACAACAAGGAACCUGACAAGGACAAUAAUUGGCGGUCACCGGCGGCGGGCGGCGGGCGCGGCGUGAACCGCGCUGAGAGUUGUCGCGAGAGAGACGCGCCGCGCCGCGGCAAGCACCGCAACGCGAGCGACCCCAACCGGCUCACCGCGCACAACAACCAGUGAGUACUACACAUAAGAUAAUAUAUUGAUGAUAGAGAUAAGAUGUUAUACUACCUAUGGAUUUCAGAGCAAAGACUUCCAUUCAUCGACAAUUUGAAGGAAGAAACUAAGUCCUUCACAUAUUUUCCUCCAUCAUAUUCAGAAGUCACUUUUUUCGAAGUUUUGGUAGCCUAAUAUUGAUAAGCACUUUUUAGGAUGUUGAAACAGCGAAUAUUAAUAAUGAAAUAACUUCUUCUAAAGGCUCCACUCUUUUUUCCUAAUGAUGAAAUAAACUGUCAUCAAAUUAAGACGUCCGGUGAAUCUGGUGAAUUAAAAUUGUUAAAAGGAAGAACGUCAUAAAUAUACAUAAAGUAAUAACCAAAAUCACAUUUAUUUAAAGAUAUUAAUGAGUUAAAAUAAUGCUUGAUUACAUACUACUUAAUAUAAACAUGCAAACAAUGUAACAAUACGUAAAAUAAUUUUCUCUUAAGACAUGUUUACAUUGUCGCCAGUAAUUAGGGCGAAGGGAAGUGAUUAACAGAAUUCAAUGACCUAACGAAGGUAUUCCUGGCAGCUAGCCAACGAGGUAUUUAAAUAUACUCACGUAAUUAAUCAAGGGUUUUAAAUUAAUUUUAUGAAAUUUUUUGUUUCAAUGGUGUGUCUUUUAUGCGCUGUUGUGUUUUGUUGUUCUUCUAACUCUUAUUCUUCUCCUUAAUUACGAUGAAGAAAUAUAUUUGAAUCAAAUAUUAUAUGGGACAGAUUUUCAAAAACACAUACUAUUUAGCGAUCAAAAUAAUAAUCUUAAAGAGAGCAAAAUACUCUUAGUAUUUUGUCACGUAGUAAAAUCAAAAAAUACCUCAUAAAUUAUCAUACACACAAAAAAUAACAUAAUAUUUGAACAGAAGAAUUCUCAUUUGUCGUAAUCAAAAUGAACAUGACAUGUUAUUGAUUGUAAAUAUUUACUCAAAAAGCGUAAUAAGAGCGCAUUCCUCCCGAAAUAGUGCUCUAUUCGUUGUCUGCUCCACUGUAACAUGCCAAUACUUUUGUUUCACGCCGACCGAGCAGACAUCAGAAAGCCCUAACUAUCACCCCAAACAAAGCAAAAAUAAACUUUACACCACUCAAAAUAGAGCACACUUUUAUAUGACACGCCACUCUAAGUCUGGAAUGGCGUUAAAUUAUAAUUUUCGACUUUAAUGGUGAUUGUUGUUAAGUUUAUCUCAUGUUUAAUUUAUUUUUAUUUGACAACAUUAUGUUUUGUAUUGGUUUCAUUAUGAUUUUAACUAAAUAAAUUGAUAAUUCAUUAGAUUUCAAAGUUCUAUUUUCGCAAAACCUUUUUUCGUAAUUUUAAAUUU